UUUUUUUCUGUUGAGCUGUUUUGCUUCUCUUUUCCACCCAUCUGUUGUCGCUACAUAGUCAACGUACAUCAACACAUUCAUCACAAUGGCUUCCCAGAAGAUUGCCAUCCUCUCUGUCUACGACAAGACUGGUCUGCUCGACCUGGCCAAGGGCCUUACUGAGCAGAAUGUCCGGAUCCUCGCCUCGGGCGGUACCUCUCGUAUGCUCCGCGAGGCUGGUUUUGCCGUUGAGGACAUUAGCGCCAUCACCAAGGCCCCCGAGAUGCUCGGCGGCCGUGUCAAGACCCUCCACCCCGCUGUCCACGCCGGUAUCCUGGCCCGCGAUAUCGAGUCCGACGACAAGGACCUUGCCGACCAGAACAUCAACAAGGUCGACUACGUCGUCUGCAACCUCUACCCCUUCAAGGAGACCAUUGCCAAGCCCAACGUCAGCAUCCCCGAGGCUGUCGAGGAGGUCGACAUUGGCGGCGUCACUCUGAUCCGUGCUGCUGCCAAGAACCACAAGCGCGUCACCAUCCUCAGCGACCCCAACGACUACGCUGGCUUCCUCAAGGAGCUCCAGAGCGGCAGCAUCAGCGAGGCCAGCCGCAACACAUACGCCCUCAAGGCCUUUGAGCACACUGCCGACUACGACACUGCCAUCUCUGGCUUCUUCCGCGAGCAGUACGCCGGCGCCGGCGACAAGCAGCUUACUCUGCGCUACGGUGCCAACCCCCACCAGAAGCCCGCUUCUGCCUUCACCUCUGAGGGUGCUCUCCCCUUCAAGGCUCUUAGCGGCGCUCCUGGCUACAUCAACCUACUUGAUGCCCUCAACGCCUGGCCCCUCGUCAAGGAGCUCAAGCAGGCUCUUGGCAAGCCUGCUGCUGCCAGCUUCAAGCACGUCUCCCCCGCUGGUGCUGCCAUCGGUCUUCCCUUGACCGAGACUGAGCGCAAGGUCUACUUUGUCAAUGACAUUCCCGGCAUUGAGGACUCUGCUCUCGCCCAGGCCUACGCCCGUGCCCGUGGUGCCGACCGCAUGAGCUCUUUCGGCGACAUGAUUGCCCUCAGUGACGUUGUCGAUGUCCCCACCGCCACCAUCAUCUCCAAGGAGGUCUCUGACGGUGUCAUUGCCCCCGGCUACGAGGAGGCUGCUCUCGAGAUCCUCAAGAAGAAGAAGGGCGGCAAGUACCUUGUUCUCCAGAUCGACCCCGAAUACAACCCCGGCCCUACUGAGACCCGCACCGUCUACGGCAUCAACCUCCAGCAGCACCGCAACGACGUCGAGAUCACCCCCAAGAGCUUCACCACCAUCAUCACCCCCAAGGAUGGUACUCUCUCCGAGGCUGCUGCCCGCGACCUUACCGUUGCCACCAUCACCCUCAAGUACACACAAAGCAACUCUGUCUGCUACGCCACCAACGGCCAGGUCAUUGGUCUCGGUGCUGGCCAGCAGUCCCGUAUCCACUGCACCCGUCUUGCCGGUGACAAGGCCGACAACUGGUGGAUGCGCUUCAACGAGCGCGUCCUCGGCCUCAAGUGGAAGAAGGGCACCAAGCGUGCCGACAAGUCCAACGCCAUCGACCUUCUCGUCAGCGGCGAGCUCCCCAAGGACGGCCCUGAGCGCGAGGCUUUCGAGGCUGUCUUCGAGGAGGUCCCUGCUGCCUUCACUGAGGAGGAGCGUGAGGCUUGGAUGAAGCAGCUCACCGAUGUUGCUGUCUCCAGCGAUGCUUUCUUCCCCUUCAUCGACAACGUCUUCCGCGCUGCCAAGUCUGGCGUUAAGUACAUUGCCGCUCCCAGCGGUAGCCAGAACGAUGGCCCCGUCCACGACACUGCCACCACGCUCGGUAUCACCUUUGUUGAGCAGAACGUCCGUCUCUUCCACCACUAAGUGGUUUGAUGAUGUCCGUUUAACAAUAAAAGAAAAGGAGGAAGGGGCAUGUUGCGUCACGAGACUCAGAGAUUAUGAGACUAGCGUGUGGAAGGCAACACAAUCAAAAAUAUAUCUAAAUAUCACAAUAUACAAUGGCCGGGGCACGUUCUCGGCUUCUUCUUAACGAUUUAGUCACGACUUGGAAGCUCUACUCUGUCACCUCAACGUGAUUGACGUGUAGCGAGCUUUCGCUGUAUAUACCCAUAUUCUUUUUUUAUUAGUAGUAAUUGGCUUUCCGAAAUUAUCUGAAAUGAGUUGCGUUUGAGCUUGUGUAGGUGUUGCAAAAUAGCAACUGGGAAAAAAACGUGACAUGUAAAAGCAAAACUCCUGUUCAAAACACCGCUCGUUAUGCAUUGGUUCAUCCUCAAACCAUGACUACCGCCCCUAAAAAUCACCAUCCUGCAAUUACAUGUAUAUGUAUGUACUCGUACAUUUGUUAAUCUUCAAUGUCGUCGUCGCUCAGCACCAGUUUCUGCGCCAACAUGCUAGUUACAGCACCAGGCUUAAUCUUUUCUUUCUUCUUGCGAGGGCUUGCUCCAUCAUAGGGCUUGUCUGUAGCCCAGGCUUCGCUUUGCGCCUGCGUAGCCUCAUCCUCUUCGGGAUCUGAAUCUUCGUCUACCGCAGUAACACCGCGGAAGGAUACCAUCUUUUCCAAGUCACGCUGUCGGGAGCCUGACUUGCGCCCACGGCUGAUUUGCGCCAUGUACGGGAGCCGCUCCAGCAGCAGCUCUCGCCGAGCGGCACUGCCAAUGGAGAAAAGCGGCGUCGGGGGCUCGGCUUCUGGCGCGGGAGCAGAUCGCUGCGUCUUUGAAGGAGACUGAUUUUCUGCCUUCACUCGACGAAAGAUGCUGGCGCCAGCCGUUAAGUCUUUGGUUGGCAUGUCGUCUUCGCCUCUGAGCAGCUUUGAUGACCAAAUAUCAAGGAGAGACGAGAUUUCCUCUCUUGCACGCCAGAUUCUCAGGCUCACCGGAUAAAACAUCUUGUAGGCAUCUGGGCCGCGCAUAGUUGUAGACGGCUUGCGUUGAACUGGAUAUGGCAAUGAAAAAAGCAUGCCACGCACAGCAACUUGGAACAUUAUUUCGUCCUGUCGCAGCAGGUGACUGCCCGAAUCUUUACCAGUGAACCCUUGGUUUCCAUUUUGAGGUGCGCAGAGUAAAUCUGAUAUGGACAGAUAAUCUAAACAGUCGUUCAUGUAAUCGAUUGAUGUGGAUAGGUCCAUCGGAUCACCGCUGUCACAGGACAGUGCGUAGUUCUCAUGAAGUGCGGCGAUGAAAGUAUGAGUGUCGGUGCCGAUUUCGUCAAUGAGCGACUCCACUGACACUUGUGAUGGUUUUGGCCGUGAACAGUGUUGCAAAUAGCUCGGUAGCGAUUCAGAGCCGUUUGUGACAGAAGCAUCUUCGCGCUUGUUGUACACGACUUUGCCAACUGCAUGGAAGAUGCCCAGUGUAGCUUCUCGCUGAGAUACCAUCUCUAGAGUUUCUUGUUCACCCUUUGUCAGAGAAAUGCCGUCCUUGACCGACUUCUUUUGCUUUGUAAAUGCAAUUUUGCUUCCCCAAUCACCGUCCGCAUCUCCCUUGAGACAGAGAAAUUCCAAGGAUGAAACAGCGUUUCUGAUAUCUCCAAUUUCUCCCAACUUCUUCAAAACCAUUGGCCCCGGCGUGCGUUUUCGACCCGAUAUCCUGGCUUCUUUCAGAACCACCAGCUCAAGGGCUUUCGCAAGAAGUGUAGGCGCGACAGAAUUGAACUCAAUGACACCGACACCUGGAUGACCAAUGAUUUCAGUGCCCAGCAGGCGAUGUGCAGUGAGACUAUCAGAUGAUGCAGAUGACGUCGUUAGAAGAGUUUCUGAAAUGAUGACAACGACCGGCUUGAUCGGCUCCUUGGCGGCACUAUGGGCAAACAUGCCUAUUGGAGGUGUUUGGGUGGCAAGAUAUUGCAGUAGAGCUCUGCGGAAAGAAGUCAGGGCGGACGAUGAUCUUGAAAAGGUAUUGGGGAAUUCUUCAAUAACCAUGAUUCUCUUCGCAUUGUCAUUGGCGGCCGAAGAUGUAGGUGCCGGAGACGACUCGUCAAUUUCAAGUGCCCCAAACUUGCCUCCACGACCCAAGAAUUCUUGGAAUUGUGCAGACGUUGAUACGAACCCAGUUCCGGCAUUACCAGUGGGAUUUCGCCACUCAAGCACUUCGCAUCCCAUGUCUUUUGCCAACAACUGGACAGUCGUAGUUUUGCCAGUGCCAGCAGCACCUUUGAGAAUGAGCAUUCGUUGUCGCAUCCGGCCAGCAAUGACUUCUUCUAGCCAUUUGCGAACAUCUGCAACCUUCUUCUUAUGUACAGCGAGCUCGUCGAGGUUUCUAGGACUGAAUCGUUCUGACCAGGGACGGAGAUCGUCGUCGGCUGUCGGAGCUGGCGGCUUUGCCGGCUUCAAAAACCGAUUGCUAGUUGUUGUAUUCUCAAAGGACAAUGCAGGUCCUCCAUUUCGAACUCUCUUUCGUGCAUGUUGACCAACUAAACUGGACGAACUUGCUUUCAAUUCGGAAAUCUCGUCGUCAGAGACCGGAUCGCUGAUGAUGUCGUCUAGAACCUGGGGUCGUUGACCACCGGUAGCUGUAGGUUUCGAAGCCCGCUGGACUUGUUUUGAGAAAAGAGCUUUAAGAUCACCACUCUUUCCGCGCUCGUCGCUUUGGCUGAAGCCACGGCCCUUCUUUGGGCUUGGGCUGCCCAAGCUCUUAGGCGCUGCACGGCGAUUGGCACCGUUCUUCGCCGGCUGACCAAACCCUGACUUGCCCUUCAACGGGCUAGGUGAUAAUGUGACAUCUCUCGUCUUGACAGGCGAGCUGGGAGACGAAAGAAGAUAGUUGGCCAGCGUAUUGGUUCGAGGGGGCUCGUCUUCGUCGUCGGACGCCUGGACGGUGUUCCGCCGGCGUCGCUUCGCAGGCGGGGCCAUCAGCGUGGCUGCGGCAUUGGGUGAUUACAGAAUUCUAAUUUAGACGCGAUGGAGGGAUUCGGGAGAUGAGAAUUCGGUGAAGCUCUGUGUUUCGAGGUUGUCGCCGAGCUUGUUUGGAUGCAGAGAGCAGAGGUGGGCUGUCGCGUUUUCAGCUUGACACCGUUAACUUGCU